AUGGUUAUAGGAUUAUUGAUACUCACUUCGAUUCCAACUGUCACUGGAGUUGCCCAGGCUGUAUCGGCACAGAAGAACAAAGAACAGACAGAUAAAGAUGAUCGGCGUAUGAAAAAGUUCCAUAUCGACAUCCGAUGUGGUAGCGAGUCCGCACAGGGUGCAGCAUUAAAUGAAGGUAGGAUCGUGCUAAAGGCCGAUCGACUCUGGGUCGGUCCUCCCAACGUCGUGGAGAAGGGUGGUUAUGGCUACGUAGCUGAAGCCUUCUACAUUGAAUAUCCAGAUCCACAGCGCACACCCGCUCCCAUGGGCUUAGUGAGCCAAGUACAGGACGAUCCGCCCCUACUCAACUGGAUAUAUAUUGACAAGAAAACAAUGGAAGUCAAAUACGGGAACAAAAGUACGAGCAUCGACCACUAUAUUGGCCCUUGGGAUUGGACGGAAGAUGAAGAGCAGGUAGUAUUUGACGAUAUGGAAGCCGCGUUUAUUAACGCGUUCUAUGCUGUGGAACGAUUACCAGGAAAAUGGCAGCUAUUUUUUGACAUGAAAGGUGAUCUGUUUGCCAACUUGCUUCCAGCUAGCAUGAAGAAAGUGCAAGUUGAGUUACAUAGGAAUAUGAUUGUGACUGCUGAAGAGGCAGACAAGAAGGCAUAA